CAACGGCAGCAGAUGCCAAAGAAUACAAAAGUUGAUAGCUACGUGCGUCAACGGUUGCAGGUGCCAAAGGAGGAUUCAACAAAAGCAAUCCCCAGGGAGCCAUGUGUGGCUGAGACCGGGGAGGUUGGCAACCCGGCUCUCUACCUACCACUAUGUGAAUUAUUCACGCUGCCAUUGUCAGAGCGGCCCUCACCUGUCGACAAGUGCACUCGAGGGGAGUGGAGGGGGGAUGUAAGCAGACGACCACUUCUUUUCAGCCGCUGACAGACAGAUCAGGUCAGCUGUCUGACCCGUCUGCUCCAUGUGGUUCCACUGCUGGCAGUUAAGGCUGGAAGCAGACAGGUGCUACGUGGUGUGAGGGUAAUGUCAAUUUCACAAUUAGUCUACCCCACAGGUAAGAGCUUGGAUUCUUUCUCUUUAUUUUCACUUGCAUGCUAAGUGCAAUUACUGUUGCUUUGUCUGUUGGAUAACGGUCAUUAAUAAGUAUAACACUUUGAACCAGCAAAAGGGUUAUUCCGCACACAAUCUUUUAAAAACUAUUACUUUUAGAAAGGAAAAUGGAUCUGAUGCUUAUCUCACCUUUGUCAGAAAUGGCAUAGCAUUCCCACAAAAUUCAAUGGGAUACUACAUUUUCCGGAUCAGGUGUAAACACAUAAACCAUUGCACUUGUAUUUCUUUCAGGAACAUGGUGGCUCCAUCCUAUUGGCUCCUUCUACUUCUUUAUGUCAUCAGUCCUCCGUACAGGACAAUUAAAGCUUGCUAUAACGGGUGUAGCUGUCUUUCGGUUAUGAAAUAUGUCAACUGUUCAGGUGUUAACCUUACCACUCCUCUUAAAAACAUUCCCCCCAUCACUGAUCACUUAGACAUGUCUAGAAACCUGUUGGCAGGGCUUCAGAAAGGUUCCUUUGGGACACUGCGGUGCCUGCGAGUGCUUCUUUUAAACAACAACAACAUCAGCGAUGUAGCUGACGGAGCUUUCUCCACCCUCAAGGAGUUAAGAAAGCUAGACCUGAGCCAUAACCGCCUUGCAGAUCUUGGGCCUGGCUUCUCCCUGGGCCUUGAGUCCCUAACAGAGCUCCUGCUGGAUCACAACCAUCUCACUUACCUUGACAGUGGCACCUUCAACAGCCUGGACAACCUCCAGAAGCUGGACCUGAGCAGCAACCUCAUCUCCACGGUCAAGCCCAGAGCCCUGGGCUACCUGACUUCCCUGCGCCAGCUACACCUGGAGGGAAACCAUCUAACCUCCCUGGGCUCAGGCCUCUUCUCAACAUUGCGCUCCCUGGAGGUGCUGGGCCUUCGGGGGAACCUGAUCAGAUCCACUGGGCCAGGCACCUUCAGUCCCAUGUCUUCACUAAACCUUCUGGACCUGGCCCACAACCGCUUGAGUACUCUAACCUUCAGGACCCUGCUGAGCAUCACCACACCCAGCCUCCAUGUUCUGCUAGAAGGGAACCCCUGGCACUGUGACUGUGACCUGCAGAGGGUGUUCAGGAAGCUGUGCAGCAUACACAGAGUGUUCCUGGAUGACUACCGCGAGAUGAGGUGCAGUAAACCACUGGGUCUAAAGGGCAGGUCCAUGAGAGAGGUGGAUGACGAGCUGUGCGUCGGGGAGACUGUGACUGUGCUCAUUCUAACAGUCACCGUGGUGAUCACCGUGGUAGCCGCCAUUAUUAUGGCGGAGAAGAACAAGAAGAACAGCGUGGCCAAGGACUGUGAGGAGAGCAUGGGGCUGGACACUUACUAUGAAAAUGAAAGUUAGGGCUGUCUGCUCCACAUGUGAUCUGUAUGGCAAUGGAAAGUGUGAGCUGGAGAACUUCAUGGUUAACAGAUUUUAUCAGAUACUUGUCAUUAUGCUUAAUAUAGAGAGCAUUCUUUGUUUUGAAGUGAUGCAUUAUAUUAAGUCUUGCUUCCAUAAACCAUCUAAGAUAAUACAAGGCUUGUUAACUUUAGACAAGUGAGUAUUUUGCUACAUUACAUUCAAUAGAAUUAGAAAAACCCAACAAUACGGUUUGGAUGCCAUAUGGCUUUCCUUUUGAAUAGCAAUCACUGACAAUGCAAUGGGGCAAGUGGACAUUUGGAAAGCAUAAUGAUCUAGGUCCUUAACGAAACACCGUCAUGCAUAUUAAUGUGAUCAUUUCUUUCAUCUGAUAUCCGUUGAAACAGAUAUCCUUUAGCUGCUGCAGUUGUCUACCUGUCCUCAAGAUGCUUUGGUAGAGCAUUAAAAAGUGUGCAGAUACGCAUGGUUAAGUAACGUCUUUGGAAUUUUUUUUAUAAACUAACAAGAUAUGAUUAACAUUGUUAGUACACACAGAAUGAUACAUAUAUAGCGUUGUGUUUGACACACCAUACUAUAAGCAUUCGUUAUCUUUCAAUCUUUACCCGUUCAUACCUAAAUUCAAUAUUAUUUAAUAAUUCAAUAAAAAUGAAAGAUCCCACACCUCACCCUAGCAUUGUUUUAAUGGCUUUCUGAUUAGAAUGUGGUUUGUUUGAUAGAAAUACAUUCAUUAUUCAUCUUGCUCCACUCACAGUUGCCAGGAUUUUGUUAAGUUUUAAUUUAAAUCAAAGGUUUUUAAAUUAAUAGCUAUUUUGUCUUCAAGUUAUUGACCAAGCAUUGAGAAUAUAAACAGUUGUCUAAAUUAUUGCAACUUAAUAUCAGUUUACUUUCUGAACUGACUGACUUGAAUUUGAUUUGAACUCAAAAUUGGUUGUUAAC